GUGCAUAGUAAAUGCAAGUGGUUUCCCCGGUAUGUGGGCAUAUAUUGAAAAAAUUCCGUUUUGACGCGUUUAACAUAAUUAAUGCAUUGAUUGUAACAUAUUGUUAUUGUUUAGUUUUCACCGGCAGCAAAAAUACUAUGUUUUUAAGGAUUGUUAUUUGUAGACAUAAAAUUACAAUAGUGUACUUCAAAUUGGAAAGAUAAGCGGGGUGGGAUUGGACUUCUAAAGCAAACGGGAACGCCUACUGAAAACUUGCGGCGACAAAACCUUAAAAACAAAUCGAAUAUUCUUAUCUUCAUAGUCCAAAGUUACUUAUUAAAAACACAUAUUUUGUACAAAUAAACACACUAAUAUGCUAAUAGUCAACAUUUGAAGAAAAAAUUGGUUAAAGUACGCAACAAAAUGUCUGCCAAAAUAAAUGACACGCCCACACCGCAAGAGAUGACGUCAGCUGCAACAUCGCUGUUGUUACCAACUGCUAUAGGUGGGAGUGAUGGAUUAAGUUGCGAGAUAAAGCAUGAACCUCCCGAAGAUAUCGAUGAUCGCCCAGCAAGUAUUUUAAAUUUUCAAAACGUUAGCAAUACAAAUCCCAAUGAACGUACAGAUAGUCCUAAAAUUCGUCUUACACCAACAAUUAAGCUGAUGCCCAUACCAAAUCCGGUAGAUCCCAAACGAAGGUUUGCUUGUCCGUAUGAGAAUUGCACGAAAAGUUAUGGAAAGAGUUCUCAUCUACGUUCACAUUUAACCUGGCAUACUGGCAUCAAACCUUUUGUUUGUUCACAACAAAACUGUGGUAAAGGAUUUACUAGAUCCGAUGAGCUUAAUCGUCACGUGAGAACGCAUACGGGAGAAAAACCGUUUGAAUGUAUACAGUGCACAAAGAAAUUCUCUCGUAGUGACCAUCUCACAAAACACCUUGCUACUCAUGCUAAACAGAUGCAAAAUUGUUCUAAAAAAGUACGAGUACAUGAAGAGGGAAAUCGUUCCAAAAAGGGAUGUUAUUUAAAUGAGUCAUCUGAUUCGAAAAAUAGCUUUGAUGAUUCAGAUUUCCCUAACGAAACGGAAGAAUAUAGCAACGGGAUGCAUUUUAUGGCAGCUCUAAUUGAAAACUGUAGUCAGUCUAAAGAUGUAACGUCUGAAGCUGAAGUUAAACAAGUGUCUGAAAAACUUACGUCUGAUUGCUUACUGGAUCACAAACCUAUAAAAAUAAAACUAGAACGACCGGAAAAUAGCGAAGAGUACCAUAUAGUGCCACCCGAAACAGCUGAUCAAAAAAAACAAAAUUCCUCAGUUUUGGUCUCGGAAGAUCAAAUGUCUUCUGAAUUCGUGACACAUACAAUGAAAAAGCAAAAUUCUGAUACGAUGGAACAACGUUUAACAGUGCUAUCUGGGCAGGGUGCAUUUAUGGGGUGGCCCCAACUAGGAAAAGAUACUUCGGAAGAUUUAAUUGAUCCCCACCGUCCAUGUCGGUGCAAUCUUUGUAAAAAGUCAUUUAAACGACAGGAUGAUCUCAAUCGCCACCUUCGUACGCACACUGGAGAGAAACCUUUUAUAUGCACGGAAUGUGAGCGACGGUUCAUGCGUAGUGAUCAUUUAAAAAAACAUGUUAAAACUCAUACUAAAUGUCGGUAGUUAUAUUAAGCAAAUAGUAAACGUAUGUUAUAUGGAUAAAUAAAUAUAAAUGCAUAAUACUAAAUGAGUUAUACAAUCUAAAA